UGAGCAGCGCUCUCUCUGUCGCGACAGCCGCUGCGGGGAGCGCCGUCGGUAUCGCCCCGUGGGCGCCCCGGGCUCAGCCCUCGGGGUAACGGGAGGGUCCGGAGAGGGUGUUCCGGGGGGGGGGUCCCCGCCUUGAUGGGGCCCCCGGCGCGCUCCCGGCUCAGGCGCGCUCCCGGGGGAGGCGGGGGGCGGCGGCGCUCACGGGCGCGGGCGCGGACACGCGCGGGGGCUGCGCGCUCUGCCCCGCGCUCGGUCGCUCCCCGCUCCGCUCCGCUCCCUUCCCCUCCCCGCCGGUGCCGCCGCCGGGAUCGUUGUCCCGCCCCCCCGCCGGCCGCCGGUAUGAAGACGGAAGAGGCUCCGUCCUGCCUGCAGCAGGCGACGCCGGUCCUGGGCUUCGGCUCCGACUCCAAGAUGCGGGAGGUGUGCGCCGGCUGCGACACCCCCAUCUCCGACCGGUUCCUCCUGCGAGUCAACGAGCGCUCGUGGCACGAGGGCUGCGUGAAGUGCGCCGUGUGCCUGCAGCCGCUGGCCGGGACCUGCUACUGCCGCAACCGGCAGCUCUACUGCAAACACGACUAUGAGAAGCUGUUCCAGACCAAGUGCAGCAGCUGCUUGAAGGCCAUCGCCCCCUCCGAGCUCAUCAUGCGGGUGCUGGAGAACGUCUACCACGUCCACUGCUUCUACUGCUGCGAGUGCGAGCGGCGCCUGCAACGAGGGGACGAGUUUGUGCUCAAGGAGGGGCAGCUGCUCUGCCGCAGCGACUACGAGAAGGAGAAGGAGAUGCUGAGCGCCAUCAGCCCGGCGCCCACCGAGUCCGUGAAAAGCGAGGACGAAGACGGCGGCCACUCGCACGGCAAAGGCGGCGAGGAGACCAAAGACCACAAGCGCUCCAAGCGCCCGCGCACCAUCCUGACCACGCAGCAGCGGCGGGCGUUCAAGGCCUCCUUCGAGGUCUCCUCAAAGCCCUGCAGGAAGGUAAGAGAGACCCUGGCGGCCGAGACGGGCUUGACGGUGCGGGUGGUGCAGGUCUGGUUCCAGAACCAAAGAGCCAAGAUGAAGAAGAUCGCGCGCAGGCAGCAGCAGCAGCAGCAGCAGCAGGAGCAGGAGCAGCUGGGGAACCCUCGCCUGGGGACGGGGAGAGGGACCGGCCGCAGCAGCCGGCAGAGCAACGACGACAGCGAGGACGGUGCAAGUGUCCACGGCCUGGAUGGGCUCAUGGUUCCCUACCCCAGGAUCCCCCAGCAACAGCUUCUGCCCCUGGACCAGAACGGCUACAGCACCGAUUUGUACCGACAAGGGCUGACGCCACCCCAGCUGCCCGGGGACCACCUGCACCCCUACGACUCGGAAGGCGUUUUUCACGACAUGGACAGCGACGGCAUCGGCCACCUUGGAGACUGCCUGCUGUCCACGGCCGACGCCAACCUGCUGCAGGCUCGCGUGGGCAACCCCAUCGACCGACUCUACUCCAUGCAGAGCUCCUACUUCACCUCCUGACCAUGGACAAGCUCCCAGCUCUUCACGAGGAACUCGGGGGGAUGCUGCUCCGAAUUCACGAGGAGGAGGGAACAGAAACAGGACUGAGACCUUCACAGACAUUCCUUGAGCACAAUGGAGGAGGCAAUGCAGCUAUGGAGACCUUUCGCAGCCUGAAGGACUUCGGAUCGCCUCUCUCCUCUUUUCCUAGCCACGAGUAGAUCGAUGGUAUAAUGUUUAGCUGUAACUUUAGCAGUUUGUGCAGUGUUUAAGCUUUUGAGCGUUCUGUCCUGCCAACAAAGCCUGGCCCAGCUAAGCAGAGCUCCCCCUGGCCGUAGGAGGUGCCCUUCCCACAAAAACCCGGGUUAUUUAAGCCUGGCUUACGGCCGAGCUGCUCGCUGUGCUGGUUUGCCUUGGUUCCCCAUCCAGCUGCAGAUUUGGUGGGACCAGGUUCAUUUUCAACAGCAAAAUCCAAGCUCCUGAGGCAUCUCUCAGGGUCGCCGCUGCUGCUUCGGAGAUUUGCUACGGAUCGGUCGGCCCAGGACGGUUUUUGAGCGUUUGACGUAGUUUGGCCGCUGAUCGAAAUGAUGAUGCUGGGGCAGCCGCUUCGAGAAAUGACAGAAUAUUUAUCCUCUGCCCAAACAGACAAAUUCCAGACCAAGCUGCUGCAGCUGUGUGGUCACCCACCCCUAAGAACCGAACCAGAAAACCCCCUCGAGCCGUGUGUUACUUUUAGAGCCUCUUGCACUAGAGACGCUCUCAGUUUAGAUUAAAUUUUAAGAGAAUGUUACAGUGAACUAUGUGCAAAUUGAUGUUGCUCCCAACGACCAGAGCCGCCUUCACCCCCUGCAGCCCCCUCUUUCUUCUUUGUGAUCUAGUGCUGUGAUGUGCCGAUGGUUCUUUUCUUUGCAUGUACGUUUGAAAAUAAAAGGCAAAGCAGAAACGACAGCGAGGCGGAAAGCUGCGGGUUGCGUGCACGAGCGCUCGGCCGGCUCCCGCGUCGGCCCGCGCUUCUCGCCUUUCCCAGGAACGGUUGAUCCUGGAGCAAAGGACAACUGGUGCUGUUUGUCCGUCACAGGCGGCAAACCCAACAGCCGGAGCCACACGGGGUUGCAGAAGGAACUACAACCCCAAAUAACAAACAUUAUGGGGAGCUGCGCUAGACCCGGAGCUGCUGAGGCGGAGGAGUCUGAUGCGACACAAACUCAAGAGCCAGGGGUGAAAUUCACACCCCGCAACCGAGGAAAAACAAUCUCCGCUUGUUAAAUUGCAGCUCAUUUCCAAUUUGAAGGCCGGAUUCUGCCUCAAAUGAGCAGGAAGGUGGACACCGAGCGCCACCGCUGACGCUGCCACAGCCCGAACUUUGCCACGCGAGUCCCACCGAACGCCAGAGCUGCUUUUAGCACCCAGAGCCAGUUAGCGGAGCCCGGUGAGCGCAGGGGAAGCUGCUCCCAAUGGGAAUUCAGCCUCACGGCCGUCGUGGAGCUCAGGGAACGUGAAUAUUCGAGAGGAAAGAGCGGGAAGAGCCGGGGCGCCGCAGCGGAGCGAGGAACAGAACCACACGCGCCUCGGGCAACACCCGCACGCUCGGGCUUCUCUCAGAGUCAGAACAAUCGCUCCCCUCGAGCGGGACACGAUCUGGGGGGAGUUUGGGAACGCUGUUUCUCUGCAAACAGGAGAAUAAAGGUGAAUCAGAACCCCGGCGAGGUGACGGGGAUAAGAACUCUGCCCACAGCGUUUCCCCCGUGGCUCAAAAGAUCAACUGGAUACCAGCCAAGGAAAGCAAACGUGUGCGAGAGGGGAAUGUGGGUCCGCCAGCAGCACUAAAUCUCUCCCCGUGGCUGCGGACACCAAAGGAACACGCUGAUUUAUGGUUCCUUUAAGCGAGAGAAGCAGAGUGUAAAACGAGAAUAUUUUCUGGAUGAAAAAUUAAAGAGGUGUUUGUGUUCGUUCCUCGUUCUAACAGCGACAGGGUGGCGUUUGCCUUAGAGGUUGGAAAGUUCCACUCGAAAGGAGAAGCGACAUCAACGGGAGUUAAAGCAACAGGCUGAAAAAAGCCCCGUUGCGCUUCACUUCUCAUUCAUUCUACAUGGAGGAAAAACAAAGCAGAGAAUUAAUUGACCUAACGAUCCUUGGUUUUCUCUUAGUUAAGGACCCCCGAACUCCUUGCAUGUGUUAAUUAAUUGUCCCUCGUUCCCCACCAGCCCAGGUGUUAUUGAUGAGAAACCAGAGACACAGGACACGGUACAAUUGGCUCCCAGGGCCACACGGAUAAACGGUGGGUGAGUUCAACCAGAAAACACCCGACACCCAGUUUACUUAACGGCAAAACGCACAUUGGACCCAAAACCAGAGCGGAGAAGAGUUAGAAGUGGAGAACACAGAGCUGGGAGAUGGAAACCAAGCAGAGCAUCUUCAUGCAUUGCUUCCAUGAGUUUGUCCUUCUCAAAUGAGGGAUAAGAAAUGAAGAGAACGCUUCUCGAGUUCCUAAUUUGUUUCAUUACCCGGUUUACACCUUGUGAAAGACACCGGAGCAGCCGACGCUCCUUUUAGCUUUAAUUGCUGACCUCGUUUCCAGCAACAGGCCGACGGUGGAGGCGGGAAUCACGGUUUCCCCCACGGAUCAGGAGUGAAAGAUGCACAUUCUUUAUUCGUAUUUUCUCAGCGUUUCCCGAUCGCAGAUGGAAACGGGACGAAGCAGCUUCUUCCCCCUCUCCGCAGCACCAAGUGAUGAAAACCCAGGAGAAUUUGGCUCACGGGUGACACCAGCAGCUCGGCGGUUAAUAAUGUGUUAAAGCAAGAAGUAAUAGAGCGGCUCAGGCUCCGGAGGAGGCAGAACUGGGCUUAGGAGGGGGCCCAGCGCACCUUCAACAUAAUGAAAAACGGCUUUGCUGCUGCCAGGCUGACAUUUCAAUACAAUGUCAACAACACGGAAAGCACCUUCGCUCUCUACAUCCUUAAUAGAGCCGUUCGCAGCGCGGGCGUUCGCCACUAACGGGGCGCUGCUGCCCAAAGACUCCCUAAAAACCUAUUUCUCCUCCUUUUCUGGUAGCGCUCGCCCUCUCCCUACAUUCAUUUUCACCUUUUUCCUCCCAAAUGUCUGCCUUUGCAUUUCAAACGCACAUUAUUUGAUAAAAGGAGUUUAUACAA